GCUGGACUGAGCUGGCGCUUGCACCGCAAGGUCGGACCAGUGGAAAAGUUAACCAACGGGUGCUGCAGAACGAGGGAGAGAGAGAGCUGCCUGUGUUGCAGAAAGACUUCACUACAGGCAGGACAGUGAGACAGAGAGCGAGAGGGAGCAGCGCUCCAUUGGACUUACACAGAGACAUGUCUGCUACUAAAGCUCUGCCCUGCCUCUGCCUUCUACUCUCCAUCGUCCUCUCAGGGAUCGUCUGCUCAGCGACUUCCAUUGGUUUACAUUGGGAACAGCAGUCUGUGAUGAAAGUGUGUGCAAAACUAUAUUUUCUCAGUAACCAGAAAAAAUGCCUACCAUGUAACUGCAAAGGCCAUUCAGAAACAUGUGAAGAUAUCACAGGUGUUUGUACAUCAUGUCAGGACCACACCACUGGGGAUUUCUGUGAAAUAUGUGAGGAUGGAUACAUGCCUGACGUCGCCAACCACGGACGUCACUCCUGCCAGCCGUGCGCCUGUCCCCUGUCCAGCCCCUCCAACAACUUUGCAGAGCACUGUGACAGAAGCAGUAACAUCCUACGAUGCAACUGCCAAGAGGGCUAUGCUGGACAUUACUGUGAGAGAUGUGCUCCAGGUUUCUAUGGCAACCCCAUGGUGAUCGGUGACUCCUGUAAGAGUUGUGACUGUAACGGUAACUCGGACCCCAACCACAUCUUCAAUGAAUGCCACAACGUGACCGGCUUCUGUCAGAAUUGCUGGGGGGACACGGCCGGAGCCAACUGUGAACGGUGUGCCCCAGGUUUCUACGGCGACGCCAUCAGUGCCAAGAAUUGCAGAGUGUGUGAGUGUAGUAAGUGUGGGACAGCUUCGUGUGAUGACAGGACAGGGACAUGUCACUGUAAGCCUGGUGUCACCGGCCAACUCUGUGACCAAUGUGAGAAGGGCCACACAGGCUUCAAUAACUGCCAGGGCUGCCAUAGUUGUGACUGCGCACCUGCCGGUCUCCGGCCCACCUGUCAUCCUCUGACCCACAGCUGCCAGUGCCAACCAGGGGCCGGAGGCCGAUACUGCGAGCGCUGCCUCCCAGACUACUGGAACUAUGGCCCCUCAGGGUGUCAGAAAUGUGACUGUGCUAGCAGCCACUGUGAUGUGCACACUGGGGAGUGCCUCCCUGAAUCCACCACGGUCAACCUCUGCAACAUCAGUUGUGAUGAGUGUAUCUGGCACCUGAUUGGUGACCUGAGGCCGUCCAAUAAGACCCUGGACCAGGUGAAGGUCAGUGUGUUGAACAUCUCCACUGGGGCUGCAGCCAACGACAGGCUCAAGUACUACAACUACACCGCCCAACGUCUCCAGACACAGUUUGUGAACUGGAGGAAUAAGUCAGCUCUGAUGAGGACCCAGACUGGGCAGCUGGAGGAGGCCAGCGCUGUUCUACUCUUAGACAUGAACCAUCUUGCAGAGACGGAGAGUGUAGUGAAGUCCUUGGGGGACAGAGUGGAUGACGACACACUACAGAGCUUCACUCUGGCUGAUGAGCUGACAACUAACCUUACCGCCCUCAAAGUGCUAAUUGAAGAGAUGAUCAGUGACUGGAAGCUGUACAGUGUCCAUCAGGAUCUGGACCCUGAGAUCGUCAUUCAAAAGACAGCUGUUGCUGAGGGCAUGGUGGCCUGGAUGACGAAACUGGACCUUUCCCCACAAGAGCCCAUCGCCACCGAUGAGUCAACCGAGGCUCACGACCUCCUUAGACGCAUGCGUCAGCUGGAGAAGAAGCUGAUCAGUACAGACAGCCGCGUGGCCCCGGUACAGGAGGUGCUCUCCCGCUUCACCAACAAGCUCUCUGAGGCCCAGGAGAUCCUCCAGAAGGCUGCCAACACUGUCAAGGAGACGGAAGACAUGAACAAAGCCAACACCGUCAAAUUCCAGAAGAGUGAGGCCAAGCAGCAGGAACUGAUAGAGAACUACGAAGAUGUGAAUGACACCUUGCAGAUGGCUAAAGACCUUAUCAUGGACAGUGAAAAUACUGUGGCCGAGAUGCAUCUCCUGGUGCAGAACGUGACUGAAUACCACGCUGCGAUCGACGGCGCCAGCAAGGGGCUACAGGAGAAGACUGAGGUGCUGCCCCUGACAGACAGAGACCUGGUCCUGAGAGCCCAGGACCACGCAGAGGACCUCCAGAGUCAAGCGGACGAGCUGGAGUAUGAUCUGAAACGCAGUGAUGCCAACGGCUUCGUGCAGAAGGCUCUGGUAACAGCCAAUGUGUACAACAACAUAGUACAGUACAUCGAAGAGGCCAACAUCACUGGACUGACAACAAUGGAUUUAGCAACAAGAGCUGAGGAUGCCAGCGAUGGGAUCAACACCCAGCUGGGGUUUCUGAAGACCCAGAGUGAGAAUGUCUUCAAGGAAUCUGUUUCAUUGCACUCUGAGCAAUUCGAGGUUGAAGCUGAGGUUCUGGACAAGAUGAAAUACAUUGAGGAGACCAAGGAGACCAUGGGGGAUUACACCAAAAAACUAGCGGUAGUACUGAAAGAUAUCAAGGGAAUUGAGCCAGGCAGAACCACCAAGCGUCUGGAGCUCACCGAGGAGGUGGCUGAAGGCACCCUGAACCGGUCAGUGGAGGUCCUGCAGACCAUCACCCCCAUCCACGAGAAGGUGGAGGAGUGGGCCACCAACAUGAAGAACCAAGAUUACUCUGCUGCAGCCUUUGACCGCGCUGUAGUCUCUGCUGGGGAAGCAGUGGAGAACCUGUCUGAGCUGGUCCCUGAACUGCUGGAUAAGCUGCGUGUGGUGGAGGAGAAGAACCAAGUGAACAAUGUGACCACUAACAUCAUGAGGAUCAGAGAGCUCAUUGCCCAGGCCAGGAGUGUGGCCAAGAAGGUCCAAGUGUCCAUGAAGUUCAACGGUCAGUCAUCGGUUCAGGUGCAGCCCCACACCAACCUGGAGGACCUGAAGACAGUGACCACCAUCAGCCUGUUCAUCAGAGUGGACCCAGAUAAGGACCCUAUCGAGGACCGCUUCAUCUUCUAUCUGGGAGACAGAAACGGUAGGAAGGACUACAUGGGUCUGGCCAUCAAGAAUGACAACCUGGUGUAUGUCUACAACCUGGGAGAGGAAGAUGUCGAGAUCCCACUGGGUUCAAAGCCUGUCAGCCAAUGGCCUCCAGUCUUCAACCUCAUCAAAGUGGAGAGGUUGGGCAGACAUGGCAAAGUGUUCCUGACCGUACCCAGUCAGACAUCCACAGAUGAGCAGAAAUUCAUCCAGAAGGGAGAGGCCUUUGGCACCGACUCCCUGUUCGACCUGGAUCCUGAAGACACUGUCUUCUUUGUGGGUGGCGUCCCCGCUGAUGUCAGGCUUCCACCUGCACUCAGCCUAGCUCCUUUUGUGGGCUGCAUCGAGUUGGCCUCUAUGAAUAACGAUGUCAUCAGUAUGUACAAUUUCAAACAGACCCACAAGAUGGAUGUAGUUGCUUCAACACCUUGUCCCAGGUAUAAGCUGGCAUUCUCACAAAGUCGUAUCGCCAGCUACCUGUUUGACGGAACUGGAUAUGCCCUCAUCAACAACAUGGAGAGGAGGGGUAAAUUUGGCAUCGUCACCCGGUUUGACAUUGCUGUUCGGACAGUGGCAAACAACGGUAUCCUGUUACUCAUGGUCAAUGGGGACAACUUCUUCAUGUUGGAGUUGAAGAAUGGCUUCCUACGUCUCAUGUAUGACUUUGGCUUCAGCGGAGGCCCGAUCGCCAUGGAGAGUAACUCACCCAAACUACAAAUCAACGACGCAAGAUACCAUGAGGUGUCAGUGAUCUACCAUUACUCCAAGAAGUUCAUUCUAUUGGUGGACAAGAGUCACGUGAAGUCCAUGGAGAAUGAGAAAAAGACUCUGCCCUUCUCUGAUAUCUACAUAGGAGGAGCCCCCUCACACAUUCUCCUCUCCAGGCCUGAUCUGUCCUCCCUGGUUGGGCUGAAGGGCUGUGUGAAGGGCUUCCAGUUCCAGAAGAAAGACUUCAACCUCCUGGAAGAACCUGGCACUAUUGGCAUCAGCAGCGGUUGUCCUGAGGAGUACUUUAUGUCCCGUAAAGCCUAUUUCACUGGAGAGAGCUACCUAGGCUCUGCGGCAAAGAUAUCUCCUUUCGACUCCUUCGAGGGAGGCCUUAACUUCAGGACACUGCAGCCCACUGGUCUCCUGUUCUACCACAGCGAAGGGUCUGAUGAGUUUACCAUCACCCUUGAGAAUGGAGCAGUGGUAUUGAACUCCAGAGGCACCAGAGUCAAAUCACAGAAGAAGGAGUACAAUGAUGGAAUCACCCAUUUCCUGGUAGCUUCAGUGAAUAAUGACAAGUAUGAGUUGGUGGUGGAUGACAAAGACAAGCAUGAGAAGAAACGUCCGACUGCUGCCCUGUCAGCAUCCACAGUGAGGAACUUCUACUUCGGAGGCUCUCCCAGCAGCAGCAUCAAGAACUUCACUGGCUGCAUCAGCUAUGCCUACAUCAGCAGACAAGACAGAGACAUUGAGCCAGAGGACUUUCAGAAGUACACUGAGAAUGUCCAGACCUCUCUGCAGGACUGCCCUGUGAAGCGACCACCCGCUGCCCUGUUCUCGAAGCAAAGUAAAAACUCUGCCAAACCCAAGCAGGGCCAUACAAGGAAGGUGGGCAGAGAUAAGUCCAAACUCCCAAAAGGCCUGUUGGGACUGAAUAGUGAUGACCAGGAGCCAGGAGAGACAGAGGAGACGCCCUGCUACCUGUCCCCCAGGCCCCGUGCCACCCGCCAUGCCCAUCACUAUGGGGGCACUGCCAACAGCAGGCAGGAGUUCACAUACAUCCCAGGGUCCCUCUCUAAGAGGUCUCACUUCUCCCUGUCCCUGAAGACCCAGUCCUCCUUUGGCCUAAUCUUUUAUGCAUCAGAUGAGGCAGAGGACAACUUCAUGGCUCUCUUCCUGGCCCAUGGCAAGCUGGUGUACACAUUCAACCUGGGUCAGCAGAGGGUCAAGAUCAAGAGCCUGGAGAAGUACAAUGAUGGAGCAUGGCACAAUGUUAUUUUUAUCCGUGAUGGGAAUCUGGGCCGAUUAGUCAUUGAUGGGCUGACAGUGCUGGAGGAAAGAGCUCAGGGCUCCAACGUUUCCUGGCACGUCAGCAGCCAACUCUACUUGGGGGGGGUGCCCCCAGGGAGGGCCCAGAGGAACAUACAGAGAAACUCUGCAUACAGCUUCACUGGCUGUGUGAAGAACCUCCAGCUGAAUGGCCAAUGGCUGUCCUCCGUGUCCCAGACCUUUGGGGUGACGCCGUGUUUCGAGGGACUCUCCGAGCCGGGGACAUACUUCUCUGAAGAGGGUGGAUAUGUUGUUUUGGAUGACACGUUCAACCUGGGACUGAAGUUUGAACUGGUGGUAGAGGUGCGCCCCCGUGUGGCAUCAGGGGUGCUACUGCAUGUGUACACAGCAGCCGAGGAGUACCUCACCAUGUAUAUCCAUCAAGGAGCAGUGAUGGUGCUGGUUAACAACGGAGUUCGUGAGUUCUUCACUCAGGUCACUCCUAGACUAGGCCUGUGUGAUGGGAGCUGGCACAGGAUCACAGUGAUUCGAGAUGCCAAUGUUGUUCAGCUGGAUGUGGACUCAGAGGUCAAUCACGUGGUGGGACCACUCAACCCCAGCACCAAGAGUGCCAGGACCCCUGUGUUCAUUGGUGGAGCUCCAGAAUCUCUUCUUCCAGAGGGCAUUGCGACUAGGAGGGCCUACACGGGCUGUAUGAGGAAGCUGACUGUGAAUGAGAGCCAAGUGAGCUUCAGUAAAGCUGCCCUGGUCAGCGGGGCCGUCAGUGUGGGCUCCUGUCCAGCUGCCUAAAGGGCCUGUCAUAACCAAUACAGGCCAGCUCUCCAGCAACAAGACUGACCAAAUUCUGCUUCAUAACUAUCUAUCCUUGUUCACCAAAGCAACAUUUGGUGUUCUUUGGUAAGAGAAUGACCCAGAAAUGUAAACCACCCUCCCUAUUAAUUAGUCUAGUUUCACAUGAGAAAAAACUGUUUAUAAAAGAGUCUGUGUUUCUUUGAAGGACUGCAACAUGUUGUGAUUAAGGGCCACUGCAUUUAUGGUGUUCAUAUUAUAGCCAACUUCAUUCUCUUAAUCUACAUUGACAGUACUCAUAAAUCCCACUCUCACUCCAAAGGGACGGGUUUGUUUAGUCUACGAGAGCUGUAAUGUACUGUAGAAGUGCAACAAACUCCAGUUCCAGACAAUGCUUCCACUACCCUAUUUUGUAAUCUCAAUGUAGCCACAUCUUUGUCUUUUCUAUGUUUUUAUUCAUUUAAUGUAUAAUUUUAUUUCAAAUAAUAUAUAUAUAUAUACACUACCAUUCAAAAGUUUGGGGUCACUUAGAAAUGUCCUAGGUUUUCGAAAGAAAAACACAUUGUUUGUCCAUUAAAAUAAAUUGAUCAGAAAUACAGUGUAGACAUUGUUAAUGUUGUAAAUGACUAUUGUAGCUGGAAACGGCUGAUUUUUAAAAAUGGAAUAUCUACAUAGGCGUACAGAGGCCCAUUGUCAGCAACCAUCACCAUUCUGAAACUCGUCAGUCUAUUCUUGUUCUGAGAAAUUAAGGCUUUUGCCCAUUUUGAAUCUUUUCUUUUUAUUGGCCAGUCUGAGAUAUGGCUUUAUCUCUGCAGCUCUGCCUAGAAGGCCAGCAUCCUGGAGUCGCCUCUUCACUGUUGACGUUGAGAAUUGCCAAUGAAUAGAAUAGCUGUCAGAGGUGUGUACGGUAGAAGAAAGUCAGGUGCAGGACAGCAGAGUGUAAUAAACAGGCGCACUUUAAUUCCGGUCCAAAAAUUAUAGCACAUAAGAACAAUAACGUGCCAAAAACACAGAACACAGCAAAAGUAUAGCGCCUGACAAAAUACACAUAACAAUAAACAAUUACACACAAAGACAUGGUGGGGAACAAAGGACUAAAUACAUGCAGUAAUUAUGGAAUGAAAACCAGGUGUGUAAUGGAGAGGAGCCGACUUCAGUGGAAGUCAUGACAGUGUCCUUCAUUUCUCAGAAAAAGAAUUGACCGACGAGUUUCAGAAGAAAAUUCUUUGUUUCUGGCCAUUAUGAGCCUGUAAUCGAACCCACAAAUGCUGAUGCUCCAGAUACUCAACUAGUCUAAAGAAGGCCCGUUUUAUUGCUUCUUUAGUCAGGACAACCGUUUUCAGCUGUGAUAACAUAAUUGCAAAAGGGUUUUCUAAUGAUCAAUUAGCCUUUUAAAAUAAUACACCUGGAUUAGCUAACGCAACGUGCCAUUGGAACACAGGAGUGAUGGUUGCUAAUAAUGGGCCUCUGUACGCCUAUGUAGAUAUUCCAUUAACAAAAUCUGUUGUUUCCAGCUA